GGACGGGGCGUGCUGUGCCGGGCCCAGUUCCGCGUUGUGCCGGGCCGAGCGGAGCCGCCGGAGCGUGGAAAGUCAUUAACCCCCAGGUGAGGGGCUGUGUCACUCCAGUGUCACUCCAGUGUCCCAUGAACCGUGCUCUCUUGCUCUGUAGGGGCAGCAGCUUUGCAAGAGGAGUCUUUGGGCUGCAGAGCUGAGGACGUGCUUGGCUCCUCCAGUGCCUUCCGAUCCUGGAGAAGUGCUGGAGAGGGAAUAGCUGGGAGGAGCUGGAAGGGGUCCCCACAGGUGACUGAUCUAUGAAAUGGCAGAGAAUGGCACAGACUGUGACCAGAGACGCAUAAGAAUGAGCAAAGAGCAGCACAAUGGCAACUUCACAGAUUCCUCGAUGUUGAGUGAGCGGAAGCGAAGGGAGCGAGAGGAGAGGUUGAAUAUUGUGCUGUGGAAAAAACCGCUUGUUACCUUGCAGUAUUUUUGCCUGGAAACUCUAAUAAACUUGAAGGAAUGGACCAUAAAAUUGUGGCGGCGGCGAGGGGUCCUGGCGUGCGUGUUGCUGGCACUGGCAGUGCUCACAGCCCUGUACUACAUCGAGGGAGCACAUCAACAGUAUGUGCGGUACAUGGAGAAGAAGUUCUUCUGGUGUGCCUACUGGGUAGGAUUGGGCAUUCUGUCCUCUGUUGGGCUUGGAACAGGUCUCCACACCUUUCUGCUCUACUUGGGUCCACACAUAGCCUCAGUCACUCUUGCUGCCUAUGAAUGUAACUCGGUGAAUUUCCCUGAGCCUCCUUACCCCGAUCAAAUUAUCUGCCCUGAUGAGGAGACAGCUGAAGGCUCCAUCUCCUUGUGGGCAAUCAUCUCAAAAGUCAGGCUGGAGGCCUGCAUGUGGGGUGCUGGUACAGCCAUUGGAGAGCUGCCCCCCUAUUUUAUGGCGAGGGCAGCCCGGCUGUCGGGUGCUGAACCUGAUGAUGAGGAGUACCAGGAAUUCGAGGAGAUGCUGGAACACGCAGAGACUGCACAAGACUUUGCUUCCCGGGCCAGAGUGGCCGUGCAGAACCUGGUGCAGAAGGUUGGGUUCUUUGGGAUCCUGGCCUGUGCCUCGAUCCCAAACCCCCUGUUUGACCUGGCUGGGAUAACUUGUGGCCACUUUCUGGUUCCCUUCUGGACCUUCUUCGGUGCAACCUUGAUUGGAAAAGCUGUGAUUAAAAUGCACAUCCAGAAACUCUUUGUCAUCAUCACCUUCAGCAAACACAUCGUGGAGCAGAUGGUGGCCCUCAUCGGUGCUAUUCCGAGUAUAGGUCCUUCUCUUCAGAAGCCAUUUCAAGAAUAUUUGGAAGCUCAGAGGAUAAAACUUCACCACAAAUCCGACAGUGCUGUGCCACAGGGGGAAAACUGGCUAUCCUGGAUAUUUGAAAAAUUGGUGAUUGUCAUGGUUUGUUAUUUUAUCUUAUCUAUAAUCAACUCCAUGGCCCAGAGCUAUGCCAAGCGACUGCAACAGAAGAUGUACUCGGAAGAAAAAACCAAAUGAGCUUGGGAAAAAUGGGAAAAACCCCUCAGGAUGGGUUUUGGCAGACACGAGAAAUGACACAACUUUUCAUAUGUUUAAAAAACAGCAUUAUUCUAAAAGGGGAAAAAAUUUUUAACAUCAGUUUUCAAGUCUUAACAAGUUUUGGGGGUUUUUUGUUUGAUUUUGAAAGUAAUUUGGAUAUUAGAGCAACGGUUUCAUUGACAAACUUGUAAACCUUAUGGUAAGGGGUGAAUGCUUCACCAGUCUGGGUUGUGUUUUACAGGACAGGCAGUGGGAUGUUAAAUGGAGUUUAGCACAAAUGUUGUCCAUCCAAAUUACUUCCAAAAGUGAUGAUUUAAUACUUCCCACUCCUGAUUUAACUUCAGACUCGCCUGAGGGUAACCUUUUCUUUUGAAGGGUGGCUGGUUUGCUUUUUCCAUAAGUUUCAAGACCAUGAAAAUGUAAAUAAGUGAGUACAGGUCGGGUACAAACUGUUGCAUGUCCCUCAUGGUAAGGCUGUUCUGUCUGAAUUCCCAGUGUCCCAUUGCAUUGCACGCUGGAAAAGCCACCCUCUCCAACUUCAUGAUGUUAGCAGAGAUGGUUGAUGUCAAAAUGCUGAAGCCAACAUUUUUUAUUCUGUAUAUUUAGAAUGAAGUUAAGAUAAAAACUUUAUAAAGUCAUCUUAUGAUCAUUCCAGAAUUUCUUGUGUCAGUCUUUUUAAGCUGUUUCUUUUCCUCUCUCGCUUUUGGAUGCUCUGCAUGUUCCUGCACUAAUGGUGCUCAAACCCUUUGUACUUUUUUUGGUUUGUACUUUUUUUGUUCUUUUUUCUUCAGAACUUUUUGCUUAGCCAAGGGAGGAGGAAGGCUGUGCCUUGCUUGGAGCACAGUCAGUGCUUAAGUAGGUGAAAUAGAGAACAAGAUUGGUUAUCUUAAAUUCUGCUCAGGUGUUUGCCCCUGAGCCCUGAACUGUGGGCAGUGGAGGAGAAGAGAGGGGAAGAGUUCAGAUUCCAGCUGAAAGCAGAUUUUGUGUCUGCCCAGGAAUGGUGCAGGGAACUUCAGAGAACCUCUCCCCUCAUGCUUUCAAAGUCAGAUUUGUUAUGACCAGCGUGUGCCAGUUGAGAUGUCCAGGAACAGAAUUGAUACUAAAAUGGCUCUUUUCCCUCUUCAGUGCCUCAGUCCCACUGCUGCUGUACCUGCAUUGCUCUCACCACUUGUGAACAAUUGUUUUUCAUUUUUAUCCUCGGGGGGUAAGCACCAGGAAUUCAUUUGCCUUUCUAAUGAGCAUUCUCAGGAGGUGGCCCAGAGCCCAGAGCUGAGCUGAGGCUGCUCCUUGGCCAGGUGAGGCAGGCUGGAGAGCUGUGCUGUGCUGGAGCCAUGGCUGUACCAUCCUGUCGGAUAGCUUAUCAGACUGAUGUUGACUGUUGGAUCUCAUGGCAACAACAGUCGGUAGGCUGUCUGACAUUUUGGUAUCUCUCAUCUGACCCUUCCUCAUCCAUCCCCAGCUGUUUCCAUUGAGCAGCAGCAGCAGCACAUCCUGUCUGUGCCUGGGCUGGCAGUGAGCUCCAGUCCUGCAGGACUGAGGUGAAGGUGAAGCUCCCCUGGGUGGGGCUGAGGUUUGUACCUUUCCCUUGGCUUGGCUGGGAGCUCCAGGCAGGUGGGGAGGGGUUGCAGGGGCUGCUCCAACAGGUUCAGUUCCAGUGUCUGCAGUCCCAGAGCAGGAGUUGGUGUGAGGGAGUUCAGAGCACAAAGGCUGUUCAGCUGCUCCUGGUGGUUUGUAAAAGGUGAACAGUAUUUAAUACAUUUACCAUUUUUGUCCUGAACAUGGCCUUUGACGGGAAUGUCACAAAAAACUGGUUCUGGUACAACUCCAAACGCCACAGCUGUGUUUGGAACUUCACCUUUUCAGCCUACAGACCCUCAGUGUUGCACUUUGUAAGGGAUCACUCAGGACACUGGAUCAGUGACAGCCCUUGGCUGCUCUCCCCACUCCUUGUGGCAGCUUUUUGGUCCCCAGGUCUGUCACCUGAGGGACACAGGUAUUGAUUAACCUCUCACACUUCUGGGAGGGGAUGGCAUUGAUGCCGUGGUGGGGUCCCUGUGUGUUCUCAGAUUGGAGUCAGGACACUGCAACAAUAACUAAAAAAAAAAAAAAAAACUUCCCUAGAGCCUGGACCAAUAAACUGCACAUUUCUAAAUGCUUUAGAGGUCUCCUUAAAAUUCUGCCUCUUUUCUGCUGGAAAACCACAAGGAAAACUGAAAACUUUUCCCCACUUUUGGGUCAAUAUGUUUACGUAUUUAUAGCGUGAAAUAUAUAUAAAUAUAUAUAUAUAUAUAUCUGUUGUUCUUCAGCUUGUGUUUCCAUGUGUCCAUUCCAAUAAGCUCUGCUGUUAUUUUGAAGCUUUCUAACACUAUUUAAAGAAGGAAGUGAUCAUUCUACCUGCUUCUUUCUGGGAGAUAAGACUUGGUAAAAGGUAAAAAACCCCAUAAUAAUAGAAAGAAAAGUGACACAAACCUGAUGAGAUUUGCAAUGGAUAGUUUUAUGUUUGCUUAAAUAAACAAAGAAAUACCGUU